AUGUCAGCCAACAGAGAACUAGAGGAUCUUGCAAAAUCCUCCACGGAUGACUUCUACGAGCUACUCAACGUAGCCUUUGACGCAGAUGCAGACGCCAUCCAGAAAGCAUACCGCAAAGCGUCUAUCAGAUACCAUCCAGAUAAAAAUCCCGACGACAAGAAUGCUGCUGAUCGCUUCAUUCUGCUGGGAUGGGCACGCGACAUUCUUAUUGACGAAAACCUCAAAGGCGAAUAUGAUCGCGCAAGAGCUAGGCGGCGCGAGAAGGUGCUGCAGGACGAGAUGCUGGACGGUCGACGACGCAAGUUGAAAGAAGACCUUGAGAGAAGGGAAAGAGAGUAUCAAGAUCAGAAGUCUGGCAUCAAGAGAAAGAAUCCCGAGGAUAUGACCGAGACUGAACGGAAGCUUCAUGAAAUACAUAAAGGUGGUAGGAAACGUUACCACGAAAUCAAUGAGCGCCUAGCAAAGGAAGCCCAAGAAGAGCGAGAGGCCCAUCUCGAGGCCAUGAGGAAGAGGUCAGAGCCGCAGGCAACCCAGCAGAGCGAAUCCUCUGAAAUGGCUCGCGCUGUCAAAUUUGAGUUUCCGAGGGAAGGCGACAGAGAGCACUGGGACAAGGACACGCUUGCGACCAUGUUUUCAAAGUACGGCGAAGUGGAUAUGGUUGUACUUCUGAAGGACAAAAAGUUCCGACAUGCUGGACAAAAGCAUCGUAUAGCUUCCGGCAUGAUAGUCUUCACACGCAUCGAUCACGCCCACACCGCUGUCAUGAACGCCAAGUCCGACUACCCUUCCCUCAGCUCAGUGAACCGGGCAACCGGGGAACCCGAGUCCGUCAAGGCGUCCGCAAAAGAUCCCUUGGACGAAUCAGAGCGUCUGGAAGUAUUGAACAACAUGGAGCUGGAUGAAUCAAAUGGUGUGUGGAUUGGUGAGUGGGCAGCUGCUGGAACCUGGCAAGGAAAACCGAUCAUGAUACCCCAGCCUUCUUCCUUCCCAAAAAAGCAGAAUCAGAGGCUUCAGGCGGAUAGAAUGGAGGUAAAUUGA